AUGGCCGUAUUCUCGCGCCCUACUGAGCUAUCCGCAGCGCAGAAGAAGUCAUGUGACGACCUUCUCGCUGCUCUCAUCCAGAAGAGCUACCCCGUCCAUGCCCCCACUAUCGACAACAUCCGUCAGGUCCUCUGGCAGAAAGUCUUUGCCGACGGCUGGACGACGGAGGCACCCAACCCGGGCCCAGGUCUCCUCCGCAAGAGAACAAGCGAGGAGACUGCCCUUUACAUCGGUACCCUCAAUGAGGAUGUGCCCAUUAAAUCCAAGAGCAGGGCUAUCCCCGACUACCGCCGCGACCGCCACCCGGUGAUGUUCAAGGCGUCCUUCCAGUUUGGCGACAAGCUGGCAUUCUUCUGGGUGGAUGCCCAAUUCCAGAAGAUUCCUACCGAGUCCGUUGACGUGGACGGAGACCUGUCCUACGAAGAUAUUAGAAGUAUGGUCGCAUCUCACUACGACACGAACGAGAUGGAUCGCGUUGGUGGCUGGAACUGGGCCAAGGUGGUGCACUGGGCUCGUCAUCGCACCACCGUUCUCGCUCGCCGCACCAAUGCCGGCGUGGGAGUGAUUGGUGUCCGCCCCGCGCCCCUUCCUGACGUGGAGGAAGAUCUGGGGGAGAUUCAGAAAGUGCGCCUUGUGGAGCAGUACCUCCGCGAGCAGGAGGAUGAUGAUGAUGACGCCUAG